AGCAUUGGGGUCUCCGGGAAGAAGCAGAGCGUACAAGAUCUGUUUGAAGCGCUGUCGUGGAAGCGACUGGAUAGGAAGACGCUGGUGGACAGGGCCCGAUUAAUGGUGGCGGAGAAGGAGUUGGAGUUGGUCAAGGCUCGGGCGAAGAACGAAGUGGAGGUAGUCAAGGCUCAUGCAGACGCACGCGAUGCUUGGGCAGACGCACGCGAUGCUUGGGCAGACGCACGCGUGCUUCGGGUAGAAGCUCGGGCGACCAAGGUAGAGCUUGAAAACGCCACUCUUCGACUCAAGGCGAAAAAUUUAGAAGUAUUGCGGUUGGGACACAGUGUCAACCUCCGCCGCGCCAUUGAGUCUUUCCAGGAAGAAGAGGUUCUGCCUCUUCUAGGCCUGAAGCCCACGAGCAGGGUGACGGUAGGAAUGUGGGAGAGGUUCAUGCAGGCAAAGCCAGACAUCCGGAGGCGUGUGGAGCGGCAGACACCUUGGCGAAAGAGCAAGGUUGCGGCAGAGAUGGGUCAUAUCUAUACGACUCUGUCUGGGCGCAUCCACUCUUCGCAUCAGAUUGGCGACGCUGCCGUGGUGAUUGGGACGGAUGUACUCACGACGGAAGAGUGCCUCGGUGUGGGAGCCCUCCUGUAUGACUUUGUGCCCAUCGAGUUCCACCCGCCGGAGCUCAUGGAGAAGUUUGAGAGAAAUGAGGAGGAAGGUACGGCUGAGGACGUUCAGGACAAGGCAGGAAAUGGAGAAGGGGAAAGACAGUAG